AUGGCGUCGAUCAACGACAGUAGUAACAAUCCCUAUUCCCAUGUGACGGCACCUUUCCCGUCGGCAGAGUUUCGACCCGACAUUAGCACCACCACGCGCUACCGCGUGUCCUCCAACACAGCAAAGCAAGCGGCGGGUGAUCCUUCGGACGGCGAUGACAACUUCCAGCAUCCGAACUCGAGCUCUCCCCAGUCGCCUUUCCCGCUCGACGACGAAGUAAAACCGGCACCCGACCACGAUCGCUACAAUUACGCCAUCUUAAUUGCCCUAUACACACUGCAGGGAAUUCCGAUGGGCUUAUCGGCCUCGAUUCCGUUUCUGAUUCAACAAAAGAUGAAGGCCUACAACGCCAACGCUAUUUUCGCACUCUGUAGCUGGCCCUUUUCGCUCAAGUUGCUGUGGGCUCCUGUCGUUGAUGCCUGCUUUCUGCGAGGCUUUGGACGACGCAAGUCCUGGUUGGUGCCGGUCCAACUGCUGGCUGGAUUGCUCAUGGUGGGUGGGGCCAAUUUUGUCGAGACGCAACUUGGGCUCGGCACCAACAACCAUCUCGUUACUGAAUCUUUCAACGUCAAGGGCGUCACCAUAUUUUUCUUUGUCCUUUACGCGCUCAUGGCCACACAAGACAUUGCAGUGGAUGGAUGGGCGUUGACCAUGUUGAGUAAAAAAAAUCGAGGUCGGGGACCAGUGUGCAAUUCGAUCGGUCAAAAUAUCGGAUACUUUUUGAGUUUCGUCGGGUUUCUGGCUCUCAAUGAUGCCGACAGUAGCGAAAGCUUAUGGCGUCCUCUUUUUGGGUUGCCGUCCAAUCCCGAUACCGGAUUGGUAUCGUUAGGGGGAUUCAUUCGGUUUAUGGGCUAUUUCAUGCUAAUAACUACCACGGCGGUCGGUCUGUUCAAGCACGAAACGACGACCUCAACGAUGACCAGAAUGAAAAGACCAGUAGAACAAAAUCUGCCUCCCACAUCAGAAGUGCUCCUUGCGUCGGAUCGUCUCAAAAAGACCGACGGAAACGGCGACGAAGAACAUGAGUUGGACGCAUCCGAAAUUGGUCUCAAGGAGACCUACCAUCGACUUUGGGCGGUUUGUAAACUCCCAGCCGUACAAUGGUUGUUUUUGAUUCUUUUUACCUAUCGAUUGCCGACGGCACUGGGUGACAACGUCAAGUUUCUGAAAGCCGUUGAAUUGGGACUUUCCAAGUCAACGACGGCCUUACUGUCACCGACCGUAAUCCUUCCCUUGGGUAUUCUGGUUCCAAUUGUUGCUACGAAAUUGUGGCAUGGUCAUCCUUUACGACAAUUCACAACGGCUUUCAAGCUUCGCGUAACGCUCGUUCCAUUUUUGGAUCUACUCAUGCUGUCCGUGUUGCGUCGAGGCAAAGGGACAACUUCCUCGGCCAGUAUCUUGUUCUGGUCCUCCAUUAUUGCGUCCACAGCGUUGCAGGCAAUCGUCAGCAGUUUGCAGUUCAAUGCACAAAUGACAUUUUUUGCUAGCCGGGUGGAUCCGGCUAUUGGUGGCAGCUACAUGACACUUUUGAAUACCGCCGCUAAUUUGGGCGGAACCUGGCCAGCAUCCUUUAUCAUGUGGUUGACGGGAAAGCUAACCCGCGAUCCAGAAUGCUUCGUGGACAUGGCUACCGGCGUGGAAACGUGCACACAGGGACGAGAUCCCUAUGCUGUCUUACAAAUUUGCUUUGGCGUUUUGGGCUGUUUAUGGAUUGCGCUGCUGGGUAAUCGUGUGCAUCGGAUAGCGGAACUACCGGAUGACGCAUGGCGGACACAUUUGCUGGACGGCACCGUCGAUGGCGACAAUGUUCUGAAUUCGAAUCGUACAGCCACGAACAUGUACGAUCCGGAAAGUGGCCUAACGAGUGUGGACGUUGAAUUGGCCGCGGCCAGUACAAAGAGCACCACGCGCUGGGAACGCAACGAAUCCAAGCGGGAAUGA